AACUAGGACGAGCAGCUGCACUUGUCACUGGCAGUAAACACAAGACUCCAGCUGCUCCUCUAUAGUCAGUCCUUCAGUGAUCACCUCCGUCCAAAAAUGGUUUACGUGGAAGCGUAUGAAGACUUUGAAAAAGCAGCAGAGCGUGUGUACCUUAAUGCACCUAUGAAAACUCGUUGUGUAAUGAAGUACGACCAUAGCAACAGCUGUCUCAAGGUGAAGGUUACCGAUGAUAUGGUGUGCGUUCAGUACAAAACCGACAGCCAACAAGAGCUAAAGAAACUGGAGAAGUUGAUCAGCAACUUGAUGAAGCACAUGGCAUCAGGUGAAAGAUAACUUUUACCUUCUUCCAGAUGCCAACUUCCUCAUCCUUCAUGUGAUAUUGUAGUUUAACAACAGUUGUAGCAUUUAAGAUAAACAGAUCCUAUGCCAAGAAAGUUUGCAAAAUGCACCUCGUGCACUCAGAAGUGGAAGCUAGAAGUUAAGAGGCGUGAAAGUCACCAGAGCAAUGUUUCAGUUUGUGAGGCAAAGCGUUCUUUCUCACAAAUAGGUAUGAUUAAAACUGUAUGAGGGCAUGCCCUCAGACAAAAAGUUAAGCAAUUUUUGUAUUCUCUCAACAGAGUUUGAUCUUAAACAAUCAUUAAAUUUCAAAAAUGUUGUGCAUAACUUUGCAGCAAUGAAGUCAAGGAUGAAAACUUUUGUGUAAUUGUUUGUUACUAUUAAUAAAGCUAUUGUUAUAUGCAUUUAGUGAAGUAACUUUUGUCAUCUUGUGCUAAACUAGAAAUAAUAUAUUGGAAUAAAACUUUUGUGUAAAUGUACGAGAUCUAUA